AUGAGACUUCCCUUUCGCAAAAAGGAGAAGAAGGGCAGCCUCCAGCUCGAUGUGCCCCCCGAGUUCCGCCCUGCCGGCGCCGGCCAGCUGCCUCGAUUCCCGCCAACCGCCCGGUCAGCUCACGCCCUCGCCCAGCUGCCCGCCACUGUCCUCGCCCGCAUCUUCGCCUAUGUCUGCCCGCACGCUGGCGAUGAGACCUUUGACACUUGUGAGGAGAGCGCCCGCGACGACAACUGCGUCCUCUGCGACCUGCGCGACCUGUCCCACUGCGCCAAGGUCAGCCGUGCCUGGCGCGCGAUGGCCAUAAAAGUCCUCUACCACAGCGUCCGCAUCGAACCCGUACACUACUGCAAGAUGGAGGCCUGGCUCGCCGAGCGCCGAAAGAAGACAGGCCGCUUCGAUCGCAACGGCGUCCCCGAGGACACUGCCCAGGUCCGCCUCCGCCUCCUACGCCGCACCGUCCGCGACGAUCCCACCCGCAUCGGCUGCCUCGUCCAGUACCUCAAGAUCCCGUACAUGCUCCGCGAGUUCUGCUACGUCGAGCUUGCCCAGACCAUCGCCGUUCUCCCCGACCUACACUACGUCGACCUCCCGGAGGGCAUGUUCGCCGACGACCCGGCCUACGCCACCCUGCGCCUCGAAGUCCAGGCCCGCUGCUCCAAGCUGCGCAAGAUGACCUACGUCGCCGGCGCCGAGCGUAGUUUCGCCGCCCUCGCCACCGGCCAAGUCUGGCCACGCCUCCAGGUCCUCGAGCUCAACCGCCUCAACGUCGACCCCGCCACCAUGCGCAACGUCCUCGGCUGCCUCGUCAACCUCCGUGCCCUCAAAGUCAGCCAGACCGACAGCCUGUCCGACGAGGUGCUGCUGUCCGCCGAAGGUCUCCCCGCUCUACCUCCCCUUGAGGAGCUCGUCCUCAAAGAUACCCCGCGCGUCACCGCCGCAGGCCUCGUCGAAUAUCUCGCCUGGCUUGAGACGCAGCAGGCCCUUAAAGUCCUGACCCUCAAGGACACGGGCGUCCAGCCCGCCCAACUCACCGAUGUCCUGACCAUGGCCACCUCCCUGCGUACCCUUGCGCUGCAGACCAAGGUCUCGGAGCCCCUGCCCCACGGCGGCUCCGGACUCGCGCCUCUCGCCUCUCAGUCCCUGCGUACCCUGCGCUUCGAGGUCUCCGGCCGCACAUCGUCCGCCCAGGACGCCAGCGCCGCCAACUCCCACUACGCUUACCUCGCGCAGUCCAUCCUCUCCGGGGACCUGCCCCGCCUCCGCAAACUCUACGUCCACGACGAGUCCUUCCCCGAUAAGCUGCAGUCCGCUCUGCCCGCCCCCGGCGGCGUCUUCACCGGCGGCGGCGGCCCUCGUCACCGACAGCAGAGCUCCUCGCUGUCCUCGACCCGCGGCGCGCCCCCCGCCCUGCGCGUCUCCCCCGGCGGCAGCCCACCCGGCGCCGGCGCCGGCAACGGCCUGGCAAGCCCCAAGUUCAGCGGGCCCAUGGCCAGCCCCGUCGGCAGUCCUCGCGGCGUCCCCCGCUCCUUGGGUACCGCCGCCGCCGGCCAGGCCGCCUCCCAGAACCGCCUGAGCUCCAACAACCCUUUUGCGCCGCCGCCGCAGCAGGCCGCGCGCCGCGCGCCCAUCCAGACCCUCGAGAUCUUCAUCAAGAGCGACGAGUUUGGCCAGUGGAACUUUGCCCGCGUCGACACCAUCCACUCUCGUCGCUCACCGCAGCCCGGCGGCGGCGGCGGCGGCGGCGGCGGCGGCGGUGCCCGCCCGGAGAGCCACUACGGACUCGCGGCGGACAUCCAGGGCCACGACUGGGACAACGGCGGCUCGCGCCGCAGCGUCCUGGUCGGCAACGCCGAGGGCGGCUUCCUCGCCCUCCCGGGCCCGGUGCCAUUUGCUCCACCGCCCGACCUACCCGCCCUCGCCAACGACGACUACCGACCGCGCAGCAGCGGCGGCCUCAGCUUCUCGCGGCUGCGGCGCUGA